UGGUGAGGUAAAGAUUAUACAAACGAUUGGUUGUUUAAUUAAAACAAUCAUAUAUUAAUUUAUAAAACUGCUUAAGUAGCUUUCCAUGCUGCGCACAUUUGGAUCGCUGCGCGUGCAGUGCCAGCAAUUGCUGAGGAGCACGCAAUAUCGUUGUCCGAACAACAAACAGCAGCUACAACUCCGACCAUGCCGCCUCAAAUCCACACUUGGCGGUGGCAGAGGAGGAGGAGUCGAUCCAGAGGCAGCGCGUAAAUUGAGAACAAAAUCGACACUGUACUACAUAACAGCUGGCGGUGUACUUAUUGUGGGACUCAGCUAUGCCGCCGUGCCACUGUACAGCAUAUUCUGCCAGGCUUACAGCUAUGGCGGCACCACCUCUUCCCAAGGCCACGAUGCCGAAAAGGUGGAGCAUAUGCAGAAAGUGACGGAUCGUGUGAUGAAGAUACGCUUUAAUGCCGACAUUGGCUCCUCGAUGCGCUGGAACUUUAAGCCGCAACAGUAUGAAAUUAAAGUCGCACCUGGAGAGACUGCACUCGCCUUCUAUACGGCUAAAAAUCCGACGGAUAAGCCCGUGAUUGGCAUAAGCACCUACAAUGUGAUACCGUUUGAGGCUGGAGCAUAUUUUAAUAAAAUUCAAUGCUUUUGCUUUGAGGAGCAGAUGCUCAAUCCCCAUGAGGAAGUUGAUAUGCCCGUCUUCUUUUACAUUGAUCCUGAAAUAACGCAAGAUCCGGCCUUGGAAUAUUGUGACACCAUCACACUGUCCUAUACGUUCUUUGAGGCAAAGGAGGGAUUACAGCUUAACUUUCCCAGCUAUGUUAAACCACAUGCUGCCAAACAGGCAUAAGAUUCGCUUGUGUAUUUGGUUUUUUAUGAAAUAAACUUGUUGACUUGUAAAUUGUA